AAAUGUCAAAAUUCAGGUCCGGUGAGUUCUGGGUAAAAAAUCGAGGACUCCCUGUCAAUAAUUUGCUGUUUCGCCGGUGAUUCCUUGGAUUUAUUGUCAUUUAUAAAAUUGAAAGAUGGAUUAAAUACUCCAGAAUGGACGAGAAUAUCGGGGAGAAUAUUUUAAUCGCUGGAAAUCUCAUCCCAAAGACGCCUCCAGUGGCUUAUUACAUCCCGAAUUUCAUAACCGACGAAGAGGAAGCUGAAAUAAUAAAACAUGUUAAAAAUGCACCUCAGCCAAAAUGGACACAGCUGAGUCAUCGAAGGCUCCAAAACUGGGGUGGAAUUCCCCACCCCAAGGGAAUGAUCGCCGAACAAAUUCCAAAUUGGCUGCAAAAAUACAUGGAUAAAGUGUCUUCUCUCGAGAUUUUCGAGAGAAAAAUUCAACCGAACCAUGUCCUGAUUAAUGAAUAUAUACCAGGACAGGGAAUUAUGGGACACUCGGAUGGUCCUCUGUUUCACCCCAUUGUCACGACGAUCAGCUGUGGAUCCCACACUUUUUUGGAAUUCACGAGACGUCUGGAUACCAGCGAGGAAGAACGAAACAUAAAUCCUGAGUUUGCAUUUCUGCUGGAACGAAAGAGUCUUUUAAUCCUUCAAGAGGAACUCUACCACAACUACCUGCACUCGAUAUCAGAACGCAAAGUCGACGUUGUGUCAGUGGAAAAUAUUCGUAAUCUCGACUUGUGCUCGUUGAAGUACACAGACGGUGAGAUUUUGGAGAGAAAAACAAGAUUGUCACUGACAAUUCGUCACGUGCCAAAAACAAGCAAGCUCAAGCUCAAGUUUUAAUCUGUGACCUCAAUUUAUCUCUCAUCUGUUUGUAAAUACAUUGAGACUCACGUAUAA